CAGGUCCAAGUUCCUCUGUGUUUUUUCUCGUUCCAAUAGCAUGGGGAACAGGAGCAGCCACGGCUACUACCUCGCCCAGGCCAUGCGCUUCAGCAUCGAGGAAAUCAACAACUCCAGCUGCCUUCUCCCAAACGUCACUUUGGGCUACGAAAUCUAUGAUGUCUGCUCGGAGUUGACCAACCUCUAUGCCACGCUCAGUCUCCUGUCCCAGGGGGUCAAGGGCUGUAACAGCCAUCAACGCAUCCCCAUUGCUGACAACUACACCAGCUAUUUACCCAAAACGGUGGCCUUGAUCGGGCCUGACAGAAGCGAGUAUGCUCUGAUUACUGCCAGCCUGCUGGGCAUCCUCCUUAUGCCAGAGGUCAGCUAUGAAGCCAGCAGUCCAUUGCUAAGCCUUAAGCGCACCUACCCCUCCUUCCUGCGCACCAUCCCCAGUGACCGCCUGCAAGCAGAGGCCUUGGUGAGCCUGCUGAAGGCUUUUGGGUGGACCUGGGUGGUGGCAGUGGGCAGCGAAAACACCUACGGGCGCCAGGGCCUGCGGACGUUGCACGAGGUGGCCACCAAGGAAGGCAUCUGCUUCGCCUAUCAAGGGGUCGUCUUCAUGGAAACUAGCAACACGGAACUGGUGGCAAAUGUGCAAGUCGUACUGGCUUCCGACACCAAGGUUGCCAUCCUCUUUGCCAACAAGCGUGGUGCUGAAGUGUUCUUCCUGGAGGUCGUGCGGCAGAACGCAACCGGGAAGGUGUGGCUGGGCACCGAGGAUUGGUCGUUGUCUCGAGAAAUCUGGGGAAUCCACGGCAUUCAUGGUAUUGGCACAGUGAUUGGAGUGACAAUCAUGCAGGCGCCACUCCCAGAAAUGUGGGCAUUUGAGGUUGCUUCAGAGCAUUCAGAGAGUCACAGAGUUCAGGCCUCCUGUUUCCAGGGUUGCAGGGAAACCUGCAGCCAGCACUGUUCCCAGUUGUAUGUACCAUCACUACCACCUAUACUGGAGUCAUCUCCAUACGACACGCAAGGCGCUUUCAAUGUGUAUUCUGCCAUCUAUGCUGUGGCGCACAGCCUCCAUCGCUUGCUGGGCUGCCAAACGGGGGUGUGCCGCAAGGAUUCUGUCUAUCCCUGGCAGCUCCUAAAAGAAAUGAAAGAGGUGAACUUCAGUGUGAAAGGCAGGCAGAUCUAUUUUGACAGCAAUGGGGACCCCUUGACAGGCUACGACCUUGUCCAGUGGAAGUGGGCAAACCAGACAUGGUUCUAUGAUGUGAUUGCCACAUUCAGCAUUAAACCAGUCCACCUGACCAUCUACAGGGACAAACUGCAGUGGCACACUGGAGAUAACCAGGUUCCUGUCUCAAUCUGUUCCAAAGACUGUGAGGCGGGGGAACAGAAGGUAUUGCAGGGGACCCAUCAGUGCUGUUUCCAUUGUGUGGCCUGCUCUCCGGGGACCUUCCUGAACAAGAGCAAUCCCUACACUUGUCAAAUGUGCCCGGAAGACCAGUGGGCCCCUACCGGAAGUGACACCUGCUCCCCCCGAGCCACCAUCUUCCUCCACUGGAGCGACCGCAUCUCUCAGGCUCUCCUGUCUGCCACCACCCUGCUGCUCUUGCUGCUGGCCGGGGCCAUCUUUAUCUUUGUUCGGAAAGCCGACACACCUGUUGUGAAGUCUGCUGGGGGCUGGCUGUGCUUGGUCAUGUUGAGCGCUCUGGCCAGCGCCGACGUCAGCCUCUAUUGCUUUUUCGGGGUCCCCAACAGGUUCACCUGCCUGCUGAGGGUAUCAAUGUACACUGUUAGUUUUAACAUCUGCCUGGCCUGCAUGGCAGCCCGCUCCUUCCAGAUCGUCUUGAUCUUCAAGAUGGCCACCAAGGCUCCAGGCCUGUAUGAGGCCUGGAAGAAUCAUCACGGAUGCAGCCUCUUCAUAGUCAGCUGUACUGGGCUACAGGGGGCGAUGUUCCUGGUCUAUCUGUGUGCUACUCCACCAUUUCCCCACAAGAAUUAUGACAUGGCUGACCAAGUGAUCCUCCUGGAAUGCAAAGAGCGCAACCCUGUGAUCCCUUUUGUGGGAUUUUUGGGCAACGGGCUGUUGGGUAUCUUCUGCUUUGUCAUCAGCUACAUGGGCAAAGAUCUGCCCAACAGCUACAACGAGGCCAAGUGCACCACCUUCAGCCUGAUCAUCUACUUUGUCUCUUUAAUCUCCUAUUUCACCACCAUCAGCGUCUACAAGGGCAAGUACCUGCCAGCUGUUCACGUCGGCUCUCUCCUCUUCCCCCUCUUCGGCAUCUUCGGAAGCUACUUCAUCCCCAAGAUCUACAUCAUCCUCUUCCAAUCUGAGCUCAACACCCACGAACAUUUUCAGAUGUCUAUUCAGAGCUACACCAAAAAGAAAAAUGUGACAAAUUGA